CCUAAACACUCCCUACAAACCAAGGACUGUCUCGCAGCUCUGCGGGUGCACAAGUGGACCACUACAGAUCUACCACCAAACUCGCUCCUUUUACUACGCAUCGCAUCAUGGAUGGCCUUUCAGGGGCGGCAAGCGUCAUCGCUGUAAUCGACAUAUCCGCCAAAAUCACUUCGCUCUGCUUCCAGUACUCAGUCGCCGUCAAAGACGCGAAGAAGGACAUCGAAUGCCUCCAAAGGAAAGUCACCGAUGUUAAGGGAGUUCUUGAAAAGAUUAAGCAGCUAUUAGAUGGACGAGAUAAAGCGCGGCUCUCUACCACUUACGAGCUGUCUAACUCGCUCCAGGAAUGUUUGCGGCAGCUAGAAGAAUUGAAGAGAGAACUAGACCCGGGAAAGACUCGCCAGGCCAUGAGCCGAUUCGGACUGCGAGCUUUAAAGUGGCCUUUUACGAGCAAGCAGGUAGAAAAGAUCGUUUCCGGUCUAGAAAGAUACGAGAAAACCUUUACUCUAGCGCUCCAAGUUGAUCAGACGGGCCUGAUGCUUGACUUUGAUCAGAAGAUGAACCUAGCAAACCAGAACACCAACAUCAUCCAUCAGAAGCUCGACUUGGCCAGACUACCGAUCGCUGAAGGAGCAUCUUUCGACUCGCACAUGGAGGAACACAAUGGAAGGUGCCUUGCAAACACCAGAGUGGAGCUAUGCCGUCAGAUUACAAAAUGGGCCGAGGAUGGGAAUGGGGAACCUAUAUUCUGGCUCAAAGGCAUGGCUGGCACAGGAAAGUCCACGAUUGCACGGAGUGUUGCUCAGUCAUUUGCCGACCAACGCCAGCUAGGGGCCAGCUUUUUUUUCAAGAAAGGCGAGGGAGAGUGCGGCAAUGCCACAAGAUUCUUCACCACCAUCGCUACAGACCUGGCGGCCCGUGUACCUGGAUUGAUAUUAGGUAUAAGGAAAGCACUCGACGCCGACCCAGUCAUUUCGGAAAGGGCUCUGAAAGACCAAUUUGAGAGGCUGAUCCUCCACCCGCUCUCGGAAAUACAACAGGCUCCGUCACAAGCUUUGGCGUGCAUUGUCGUCAUAGACGCAUUAGACGAAUGUGACCGAGAGGAAGACAUCCGAGUGAUCCUUCAGCUCCUUGCUCGAACUAAGGAUAUGAAGCCGGUGUCGUUACGGGUCCUAGUAACGAGCAGGCCGGAGCUCCCCAUUCGUCUUGGCUUUAAGCAAAUGUCGGACGGAACAUACCAAGACCUGGUUCUCCACGAUGUCCCAAGGACGACAAUCGAACACGACAUAAAUCUCUUCUUUACGCAUGAACUUGAGAAGAUUCGAGAGCAGCGCUCGCUGUCCUCAGACUGGCCUGGCAGGGAUCAAAUCCAGGCCCUGGUCGAGUUGGCUGUCCCAUUAUUCAUCUUCGCUGCUACAGCCUGUCGAUAUAUUGCAGACGGACGAGAUAAUCCCAAAAGGCGCUUAGAAGUCGUGCUUCAAUAUCAAGCAGCCACCCAUGUUUCCAAGCUUGAUAGGACGUACCUCCCCAUCCUAACCCAGCUGUUCGAUGACGAAGAUAAUGCAGACAAGCAAAGGCGGACCAGCGAGUUCCGAGACAUAGUGGGGAGUAUUGUCAUUCUCAAGAGCCCUCUCUCUGUUCCCUCACUUGCGCACCUCUUUCAACUCUCCAAAGAGGAUGUUAGGUGCAGGUUGGACUCACUACAUUCCGUUCUCAGCGUCCCUGCCGAUGAGGACGUGCCCGUAAGGCUCCUCCACCUGUCUUUUCGUGACUUCCUUGUCGAUGCUCAGAAGCGGGGGAAGAGCUUGUUCUGGGUGGAUGAGAGAGAAACACACGAAAGGCUAGCCAGCAAGUGCCUUCAACUGAUGUCUAGUCCGAUGGGGCUAAGGCAAAAUAUGUGCAAUCUUCCGAUGGCUGGAACCUCGAGGAGCGAGAUAGAUAAGCGGACAAUAGCCGGCUGUCUAUCACCUGAGUUACAGCUACAGGCGCUUGCAGAUUCCAAUAGGAGUACUGUCUUAAGCUUUCUUCAUGAUGCAAAGCGGUUUACGUUGCGGUUCCGAUUUAUAUUAGAAGAUGCACCUCUACAGGUCUAUUCUUCAGCCCUUAUUUUUGCUCCAGAGAUGAGUAUAAUGCGGAAGACAUUCACUAACUAUAUUCCGGGUUGGGUUAGCAGACUAUCAAAGGUGGAAGAUGAUUGGGAUGCUUGCCGCAGCACGCUUGAGGGCCAUUUGGCCUAUGUCAGCGCCGUAGCCUUCUCGCCGGACGGGCAGCUAGUCGCGUCAGCAUCUUACGACAACACCGUACGGCUGUGGGACGCAGCGACGGGGUCGUGCCGCAGCACGCUUGAGGGCCAUUCCGACAGUCUGGUUGCGUCGGCAUCUUACGACAACACCGUACGGCUGUGGGACGCAGCAACGGGGUCGUGCCGCAGCACGCUCAAGGGCCAUUCCGCCUAUGUCAACGCUGUAGCUUUUUCGCCGGACGGGCAGCUGGUCGCGUCGGCAUCUGACGACAGCACCGUACGGCUAUGGGACGCAGCAACGGGGUCGUGCCGCAGCACGCUCGAGGGCCAUUCCGGCAGGGUCAGCGCCGUAGCCUUCUCGCCAGACGGGCAGCUGGUUGCGUCGGCAUCUGACAGCCACACCGUACAGCUGUGGGACGCAGCAACGGGGUCGUGCCGCAGCACGCUUAAGGGCCACUCCGGCAGGGUCAGCGCCCUGUGGGACGCAGCAACGGGGUCAUGCCGCAGCACGCUCAAGGGCCAUUCCGACUAUGUCAACGCCGUAGCUUUUUCGCCGGACGGGCAGCUGGUCGCGUCGGCAUCCUGGGACAAUACCGUACGGCUGUGGGACGCAGCAACGGGGUCGUGCCGCAGCACGCUUAAGGGCCAUUCCCACUCAGUCAACGUCGUAGCCUUCUCGCCAGACGGCCAGUUUCUUCAGACAGAUGGAGGAGACAUUCCUCUAUCUUUACCUCCUAUGAGAACUUCUUCAUUUCAGGAUACGGAGUUAUCUAAACUCUUUAUAAAAGAUCAGUGGGUAACACUGAACCAACAACCUUUGUUAUGGCUUCCUUCUGAAUAUCGACCGACCUGUACAGCACUGUAUAAAGAUACAAUUUGUUUAGGGCAUUCUUCUGGGCGUAUUUCUUUCCUUAAAGUUACUUAG